CUGAGUUGCAGUUGCAGAGUUGAGUUAAAUCAAAGUAUUUAGAAAUCCUCGAAACAUCAUGUCUUCCGAUGAGAUGUAUCUGCUCUACCAUGGACUUCUGCUUCCCAAAGAGACUCACUCCUUGGAAAGUUUAAAGUUUGCGCAGGAGUUUACGUUUAAAGACGAUGACGUCGUGGCUGUCGUGUAUCCAAAGUCAGGGACAGUCUGGAUGCAGGAAGUCCUCCCUCUGUUGCUCAAUGGAGGAGAUCUGACUCCGAUACAAACCAUUCCUAACUGGGACAGGGUCCCCUGGCUGGAGGAGAAAAGAUUAGAAGUGGUUGUAGAUAAGAUGGCUUCUCCACGGGCGAUGGUCUCACAUUUCCCUUACCACCUCAUGCCCCCGUCAUUCCACACCUCCAAAGCCAAGGUGAUCUAUGUUAUGAGGAACCCCAAAGACGUCUUGGUGUCUUCCUAUUUCUUUCAUCAAAUGGCUGGAUUCCUUUCAGAUCCAGGAACAUUCGAUGAGUUCAUGAACACAUUCCUGGAGGGAAGAGUGUUCUUUGGAAAAUGGACCGACCAUCUGAAGAGCUGGAAACACUCCGAACUGGGAGACAGAAUAAUGUUCAUCACGUAUGAAGAGAUGGUUCAGGACCUUCCGGCAGCUCUCAGGAGGAUGUCCGAUUUCCUGGGUCGGGAUCUGAGUGAGGAAACCAUCCAGAAGAUAUCACAGCACUGUUCCUUUAAGACCAUGAAGUCCAACAGCAUGUCCAACUUCUCCCUGGUUCCUAAGGUGUACCUGGACAGCGACAAAUCGCAAUUCCUAAGAAAAGGUGUUGUAGGAGACUGGAAAAACCAUUUCAGCUCAGAACAGCUGGUCAGAUUCAGGUCAGUGAUUCACAAAGAGCUGGAGGAUGAGAGCGUCACUCUGCCCUGGAGUCUGGACUAAACAACACUCAGACGUUAAGUAAGAAUGGUGCAAAUGAGUUUAGAUAAAGUUUUGUUUGAUUUUGGAAUUCCCUUCGUUCUUUGUAACUACUGUAACUACUACUAAUAAUAGCUUUGUAAAACAAUCAACAACAGUCAUUUUAUGUGUUUGAGUUGCUCUUUGGUUUGAAGGUCUCAUUCUUGUGGACGCUCGGAAGGAAUGAUUUUAAACUUGGGUCCAAACAUCCACUUCAACUUGGAUAGAAUUAAAUUGAAGUUUUUAUUUUCUGACGUGUAAAAAAGAGAAGAAAACAAAACAAAAAAUAUGUACAAACAAUGAAAGAUAUCAUACAAAAGAAGCUUUCAAAUACUUGUUACUUUAAUUUACACAUCUGAAAAGGAGUGGAAAGAAGUCUGAAUUUAUUUAAUCCCACUUCUUUAUUAAUCAUCACUCAUCCUGUCAGUCUCUUAUUUUUAUACUUAAACAUACAAAACCUCAUUACUUCUCUAAACAUCAUCUAAAGUGUAUAUUCAAUCCUACAAUCCUCAAUAUAAACAUAUCAACUCAUUAAUGUUAUAUUAAUCUGAGUAUAAAAAAGUGAUGUUUUGACAUAUACAAAUAUAAAGUUUACAAUAUACUUCAGGAUAAACUGAUUGGUAUCAGGGGUUAAGGUCACUCUGAUCUCGUCUGUUGGAAACACAAAGUUGAGAAGCAGCUCGACUGACUGGCUGAAGGAAACAGACAUAAUAUACAAAAAUACACACAAAUAAAAACAAACUUUAAUCCAUGAACAGUUUCAGUUUACCAAAUCAAAUCAAAGGGACGGUAAAUUUCUCAUCCAUAUUUGACCUUCUUUUUCUUUCUGUGCUUCAGUUUGACUUCAAUCAUUUGAUCAAGAUUCUUUUAAUGAUUCCACUUUUUUAUUGAUAGUUUUAUUAUGAAAGUAUUUGAUUUCUGUUUCACUAUAAUGGAGUUAUUAGACAAUGUUGAAUCAUAAUCAUUAACAUGGAGCCACACCCUUUAUACAACAACAUCAACAGUUAGAUAAAAGAAUAAAACCUUCUGUAGACUCAGUGUCUUCAUUGAGGAGUGAAGACAUGGAGACAGUUAUAAAAUUCACUCAGGCACUAUUUAUAGGAAGACAAAUUACUUUGAAAUCUUUAAAACCACCGAGUAAAUUCCAAUACAAAAACAUAAUUUAGCUCGUGGCAGAGAUCUUUAAAGUUUAACGCUCCAUUUAUUCCUAGAUGUUAUCCUUUCAGCCUCUUGGUAUCCAGCCUGGACAUGCGUAUGACUAAUGGUCAUAAUUAAUAAUGGUCACUAAUAUGACUUACUGCUCUCAUCACCCUCUACAGAGUCUGAUUACCUGGAAAACUGUUUUAUAUUUAGUUUAUAUUAUUUAGUCUACCUUGCACUUCUCUUCAUGCUACUGCUCUACGUGCCAAUUACCCUCCGGAGACAAAUACAGUUUAUUGAAUUGAAUAAAGACAAUACUAAAAGAAAAUGUAAUUGAAAUGACAAAUUACAGUAAUUACUAUACAAUGUACAUUGGUUGUCUUCAAUAUUUUAUUCUACUAUGUUAAGAGGUUUUCUAAAAUCAUAAAAAAAAUCAUUUUCAACCAAGAA